UUGUCUCUAAAAAGCCACGCCCAUCUAAUUAGUUUUGCUGACAUAAACAUUAAUGUUCAUGUAGAACUAGACGAAUGGCAGUUCCUGCUGAAGAGUGGAGGCAUCCAGACAAGAGGAGAAUAAUUAUCAAGAAGCUAGAGGAGGCUUACUCGGGCGGCUUGACUGGUAUACAGCAGAGCCCUCAAGAGCUGGAGCAAGCUGUCUAUGACAAGUCCAAGACUAGAGAGGAGUACAAUCAUUACCUACAGCAGGUGUUGCUGAGACUGGCCAGAGGGAGGAGAUCAGGCGGUCCAACGGGCGGGAACAUGAUGCAACAGGGUGGAAUGGGAAUGAACCCUACUCCCAGCUAUACCCAGCCUCAGUACUCACAGUACUCCAGUGGGGUUCGGCCAGGUGUUGAUAUGAGUAUGGGGAUGAACCAGACAUCUCAGCCCCCAGGCUAUGUUCACCAUGGCGGCUAUCAAAGGCCUGUGGUGGCCUCUCACCCUAAUCAGCCGUUCAAUCAGAUUAGGAUGCCUGGCCAACAGCAAAUGUACGGCCAGCCCCCUAUGGCGAAUCAGGGUGGGUAUACCGGAAUGCCUCCUCGAUACAACGUCCACCCCAACAUGAUACCUGGGGGCAUGAUGAGAGGACAAGUGCCUGGAAUGACACAGAGACCAAACCAAGGUGUCCCUGGAAUGGCUCCUGUCCAGAACCCAUCUGCCAGUAACUAUGCGGGAGUGCAUUCAGUGCAGGCCAUCAGUAACCCUUCCUACACCGGACCUACCGUGUCUCAAAGCUUCUCUCAGGCUACACCAAUCGGCAUGCAACCCUCGUCAAGACCGGACGCUCCACCCACAUCAGCACCGGCCAAUAUGGCUGGUGAUCAAUCAGGGGUUAAAGUUCAACAAAGUGGUCCCGGAGGCAAUCCACCCACACCACACCCACCAUCAAUGCAGGGGGGUGUGCCAUCUCCUGCCCCGCCCACACCCCUACUGCCAGCGUCCCCAGCAACCAGUGGUGUUGGAAGCCCUGCACAGCAACCAUCCAUCACCCCUGAGGAGAACGAGGUAUACAUGAGGAAACUGGCCGAGCUACAAAAAUACAUCCCCCUUCUGCAAAAGUGGAUCUCAAAACUCACCAAAGAGGAUAGAAACAACCAGUUGCCCAAACUGAAGCAGCUCUACAGCCUUCUCUCCAGCAAUAACAAAAGGGUGCCUAUAUCCACUCUAAUGCGGUGCGGAGAGGCACUGGACAAGAUGUUCAAUAAUGACCAAUCGUCUCGGGAGUCCCACUCGUCCUUCUCGGACCCCACCACCCCUCAGGCUAGACCCCCUGUAACUACCCCCCACAGUGAGCCAGUCGUACCACAAUCUAAACUCGUGGAGCCUCGACACUCACCCUCCCUCCUCGAGUUCAAGAGAGUGCCCUCACCCCCGUCCAAUUAUGAGUCUCUGCUGGGGGCCAUUCACACUCGACCCCUACCUCCUGAGAGACUACCCCCUGCCAAGAGAAUGUGUAAUAGAGAUGAGCCAUUGAUUCCGUUUGGGCUUAUGAGAGAAUUGGCAACCAUCUCCAAGGUGAAGGUUAAGCAGUUUCCGAGUGAAAACAGAUUUGACAAGUCCACAAUACUUCAAUGCGCUCUAGAUGAUGAUGGUCUCUACCCUGUACCUCCGCUUACAAUCCGUAUACCCUCCAACUAUCCCCUUGUCUCCCCUGUCUGUGACCUCACCUCCUAUCACACCUCCACCAACUCCACACUUGUCAUGGAGGUAGGGCGAACUCUGUCCGAGCGACUUUCCCGAAGUGUCCACACCUACUCACUCUCGUCUCUACUCUCAGACUGGGAAAUGUGUGUGCUUAGAGCAAUGUCAAAUCAACUAUUAACUUCUGAUGCUAGUUUAUAGUCAAUGAUAUUCAGAUUAAUUUCUCAUAAUUAUUAAAAUGUAGGUACUUGAAUUGGUUACUACUAUUAUAAUUAUGUGCACACUAUACCACAGUAACGAAGAUAGAGCACACAAUAAUUCAGUUGCUAAUUUUGCUAUAUAAUUAUAGAUCUAUGUACAUGUAGUAGAUUAAUUAUUGAUCUGUGCAAUGAUCUGUGACAAAAAUGCUUUGCAUAA